AUGAAGGACCGGGCCUUGCUUGUCGCUGCAGAUCAGAAAGGAUCCAAGUCACUUGAACGACUUAUUCACCGAGCAGGCCAAGAGGCUUUCGACGCUUUGAUGACUGAUCUGCUAGCAGGUCUGACGGAGUUGGCAUCGAAUCAGUAUGGAUCUCACGUACUGGAGUCCGCUUUUGUUGCUUGGGCAGAGCGCUUGGGAAGCCCGACAGCUCCUCCUGUGGAUCCCAUGGUCGCCAUGUGCAUGAAGCUGGAGGAGGAGAGACAGUGGGCUGGACUGGUUACAGAUCCCUGUAGUGCUCAUGUGGUUCGUGCACUGCUUUUGGCAACGGGUGGUUUCGUGAACUCCAAGGAGGGGAAGACCGGGAGAGGGCAGGAGGCUGCACGAGCUGGGCUGCUGCCGGCCACACGGAAGGAGGUGCCUGAGGCCAUCGCAGAUUGCCGCCGCCGAGUGGGCGCAAGCCUCAUCAAACUCCUCCGACACGGAGAUGUCUCAGCCUUGAAUGCCCAUGCCAGUCCCGUCCUGCAGCUCCUCUUGCGCAUUUUGCGGGACUGUGGAGACCACUCCCUGCUGACAGAAGCGUGCGCUGCCGUCGUCGCAGAGGCUGCGAAUGUGUCGGUGUCCAAAUGUGAAGAGCUGGUGGGAUCUGCGGCAGGUUCGCGGGUGUUGGAGGCUGUACUCGAAGCUGCAGGUGCCCAGCUCUAUGGUGAGCUCUUCACACGAUAUUUUCGCUCCCGGAUCUCCGACCUCGCCAUGGGCGUCCAGUCGUCUUUCGGACCUUUUCUGGUUCAAAAACUUGCAGAUGGCUUGCGUGCGGCACCGCAACUGCAGCUGGCUUUAUCAGAACUGGAUUUUGAAAGCUGCUUGGGGCCGCAGUCAGGCCCAUCGCAGCAUGUUGUUGUCUUGAAGUUCUUGGAGGCAGCACUGCGGCUACGAGCAGGUCUGAAACAAGCUACCAGUUGCGUCUUUCGUGCACUAGGAUUGCAGGCCUCGGCACAGUACCAUCAAGCCUGGCCACGCUUGCUAUCUCUGGGUGCCGUGGAUACUGUGGACAGCUUGUACAAAGAGGGCGCGGAAACACAGAAAGUGCAGAGGCUGCCGGCAGGAGGACCCUUGAUACUGGCCGUUCUGCUGCGCUUUCCUCCAGAAACCGUUGCCCCCAUUACAUCAGGACUGAGCAAGAUGCUCAACGGCAGCCUUGCGGCUCUUGCUCUGGAGCCGCGCAUCGCACGCGUCCUAGAGACAGCGCUGGCUCCGUCGUCUGCGCUUGGCACUGGCCGCCUGAAACUGGCCAAGGCCUUCAAGGGAAGCUUAAAAACUUUGGGUCCACACCCCGUGGGUGGCUGGGUUUGUGCAGCCUUGUGGAGAGCCAGCUUGGGGGACACGCCUCUGAGAACUGCGUUUGCCGAAGAACUCUUGACAGUGGAGGAUAGGCUCAGGAAGGAGAACUUUGCAGUUUGGAAAGUUUGCGGUCUCCACCAAGUGAAACAGCGAACAGAGCAAUGGACUCAACAGCAAAGAAAGGCCGGCAAGAUUCAUGCGCUCUUCGAGGACAUAUUGGAUGGAAGUUCAGAAGCUGCAAAAGCUGCGGCUACAACGAAGGCCCGAGCGCAGGAGGAUGACAAAAUUGCAAAGGCACAGGAAGAUCCCUUUGUACAGAUGCUUCUCAGCUGA